AUGGCUUCAAGUUCACGACCUCAGCGUUCGAAUACACAGCGAGACUAUUUGGCUCUGGAUCUUGGAUACGAAGAUGAUGCCCCAGUCGAAGAUCGAUAUCCAGAUUUACUUACCGUUGAAACCUCCUUUUCUGACAUUUGUGAUACUAUUCUGAUAUCCGAUCCUGAUCCUAUCCUACCAUCGGAAUCCGCCUCCCAAACUCUCAAUCCCGACCCUGAAAUGUCCUUCCGGCAAGGCUACCCCUCAUUUUUUUUGGCUAUCUGGCUAUAUACGCCUAAAUAA